AGAUAUUAAUGAAAACCAACUAGAUCCACCAUGUUUACUAAGAAAAAGAAGAACACAUUCAAGUCAAAGUCUACAAGAGGUGGUGGUGUUAGGGACAUGAUGAGUCCAGAUGAUGCAGCUGCUCCAAGUCCACAGAAGCAACGAGAUGUGGCGGAAGGACAUAAAGAACUUGAUCCUGAGGAUGACAUUGAAGCCUUUAUUCGUGAAAAUUAUGUUAUCCUCACGGAAAGGCUUAAAGUAGAUACAGCACUUCUUGGUUACCUGUAUCAAGAGAAAAUUCUGGAAAAAGAAGACUUGGAAAAGAUUUCAAAUGUUGCAGAGAAGGAUAAAGCAACUGAGCUUUUGCGACAACUCUCCAGUGAUGGAAAAUGUAAAACACACCAAUUGAUGAAUAUUCUAUACAAGACAUUACAAUUUGAUCUUAUUCGUGAAGUAACUAAAAGAAAGAAACAUACUAUUUUGAAAGUAGAGGGGCUAAAGGCACCUAAAAAACUAGAGGCUGUAGAAACCAACCAUCACCAUAUUCGACUUAAAUGGGAAAAAGUUGAUGAUUCAGAAACACUUGUGGGCUACUUGGUAGAACAGUCUCUAUCAAAAAAUAUUAGCUGGAAGUCUACACAUAUGGAACUACCUUUCAUAGAUAAAACCAGCCAACCACAACAGUAUAUCGACACCGAGAGCUACAAAGUAUAUGAUUUCCGUGUAAAAGCAGUGUAUGAGAUUGAUGAUCAGUAUGUGUACAGCAAUCCAACAGUACUUCGAAGGGUGGUGGCCAAAUUACCAGGACAGCCAUUCCCUCCCCGCAGACUUCAGGUUCAAAGUUGCAACUGCAACGAAGUGCCCAACUGUGUGACUUUAAGAUGGAUGGGGCCUGAAAGUACUGACUGUGGUAAAAUCUCCUACAUCAUUGAGAAAAGCCUAUGUCUCAAUGACACACAGAGCGAGUGGGGGUCAUGGAAGUCUUGUGCAACAACAGAGGAUGAUUGCAUGUGCAAACUUCAAGAUGGACUUCACGUUGGAAGCACAUACCGCUUUCGUGUUCUUGCUAAAAAUACUAAUGGCAAGAUUAGUGAAGCCACAGAAAUGGGUGGUGCAGAGAUACGUAUCCAUGUUGACCUAAAGGAAUCAAAGCGUCCGCACUUCAAGACAAUAGAGCAAACAUAUGUCCCUACAAUGGUUUUGAACAACCCAAAGACUAGACUUCAGGGCACGGAAGAGGGGAGUGUUAUCUUGGUUUUCUCCUGUGAUGACAUGGAUAGUUUGAUUGAACUGUGGGAGAUGUAUGAACAGCAAAAAGUACACCAGGUGCUCCAAAAGCUGUUUGUGUCUGAAGAACUCCGUGCAAGUGGUGUCAGCCCUGAUGACCUCACCGUAACCAUCGAUCCAGAAGACUUUGAGGCUGGUCUGAAACAUCUCUCACUGACUGAUCCAACCAAAAAAGGAUUCAGAGUGUUGAAAGUAGAAACUGCUCAUUCCACAGGACAAAAAGAGCUGACACCAAUGUAUGAAUCAUCAGUCUACACCACACCUGGACAAUUCAAGACACAUCCUGAGCAGGAGAUUUCUACCCUGGCAACAUCCACAAGUCAAAUGACAAUGGAAGAAGUUCCGGACUCUGGGAUCUCUGAUAUUUGGAUGAUCUAUGAAGAGACUGAAGACCUGUACAACUCACCAAGAUCUGACACAUGUGACAUUGACAUAAUACUAGAUACUGAAGAAACUAGUACCACAUUAAUGGAUCAUGAAGACCCUAGCAAGCACAAGGGACAGCUAGGCCAUGGUGAGUCUGCACUGACGAGAUCAGGUCUGGAACCAGCAGAGCACAAAGGACUUUUAGAAGAUGUGUUCCAGGAGGCUGUGAAGAAGUACUAUGAGUUAAAGCUGACUCACUUCAAGCCUCUCAUCUGGAAUGACAACUUUACACUCCGUCUUGGUGAUAUUUACACUGACCUGGAGUUGGUCAAUGUAAAAAACAGAAAGCAAAGACAGAACCUCCAUUCUUUGGAUGGCUUGUUCAAACCAGAGGUCACAGGACAGUCCACAGCACCAAGGUGCAUUCUGAUUGAGGGUGAAGCUGGAGAGGGGAAGACAACAUUUCUGUCAAAAGAAGCUCUAGAUGCCGUAUCAAAGAAAACAGAGCUGGGCAGACGGCAUGACAUCGUCCUGUUGAUCCGACUCCGGGACGUGAGAGAGGGGGAGACCAUUGAGGAGAUGGUGUGGGAUCAGUGUAUUCAUGAAGCAACUAAAGGUGUUGAUGUACAGGCCAUCAGAGCAACCCUACUGAGAAAUGAGUCUCGAGUGCUUUUCCUCCUGGAUGGGUAUGAUCAGCUGAGGCCUGAGGCCAGGGCAGCCGGGCAGGCCAUUCCCAAACUGCUGGCUGGCAAGAUGUACCCCAACAGCACGAUUGUGAUCACCUCCCGACCCUCAGCAGGAGUGCAGCAGUACACCCGACCAGACUGUCAUGUACACAUCAUGGGCUUCUCCUAUAACAGUAAACAUGUUGAGAAAUACAUGCAACAGUAUUUCACUACUGUUGACAAGCAAGAACUGACAAGAACACUUGCUCAAUAUGUCAAAGGUAACAAACUUUUGAACACUUUAAUGUAUACACCAAUGAUGUUGAUGUUAUUGUGUCUGCUGUGGGAGGAGGACCAAGAGAUGGUGUCUACUGGAACAAUGGUGGGGCUGUACGACAACCUGCUGACAUGUCUGGUCAGAAAGUGCUGUGAGUGGGAAGGAGUGGACAUGCCAACAGAAGGGCUGCCUACAGAGGUUUCUGAGUCAUUACUGCAGCUCGGCAAGCUUGCACUAGAGGCACUGCUGAGGAAUGAGACCCUGCUUGACCUUACAGAAGUAAAGAGAGAAAAGGUUAAUUGGGAGUUACUGUUAAAGCUGGGUGUAGUCUCCUUGGAGGUUUCUUCCUCAAAAUUGCAUCCUAGGAAACAGCUGAACUUUUCACACAAGACAUUCCAAGAGUUCCUGGCUGGACGUUAUGUUGCUCAUGCAUCUGGAAGUCAGGGCAUUGUUGAGCUGCUGCAGCUCACCUCCAUAACCAAGGCACUUGAGCUCAGUAACUUACUUCAGUUCACAUGUGGCUGUGACUCACAGAUAACACAAGCAGUGAUGGAGGAACUAAGUAAGCUCAGUAAGAAAGAAUUCACAAAUUUGCAGGCAGGGCAGUUUGAAAGGUUGCAUGUACCCACACCUCAGAAUGUACAAAGAUUAUGUGAAGUCUAUGAGAGAUUUGCAGAAUUAUGCCUGAACAUCCUGGGUGAAAGACAAGAACCAGAGGUGCUGAAAGCUUUCAGUCAAGUCUUACCAAUUGUUAUGAUGGGCAACUCCACUAACAGCAGAGAAGCUAGCGCUCUGAAGUAUUACAUACAAAAUAUUCAGCCAGCAGACCUCCCAAACAGGCUUAUUCUUGAGAUCCAAGGAGACAUCAACAGCCAAAACACAGUCCAGUACCUCCAGCAGUGUUUUACAACUGUUCAUUCUGGACUCAAGUUAGAUCUGAAACUAUCAGGGAAUUUCGACUCAGCUGAUCUGACAGAAAGAUUGGUUUCAGUUCUGAAGAAUGUUCCCAAUUUGAGGGCCCUAGAUAUGUCAGACACAAAGUUAACACCUACAUCACUGCAGUCACUUGUGAGGGGGUUCAGACACAUGUCUCUGUUAGAGGAGCUGGAUCUUUCUGGAAACUAUUACCUGGGUGAUGCUGGGAUGGAAGUUCUACAGGCUGGACUGUUUAAUGUGCCAAACCUAGCUGUGCUUCGACUUAGGAAUGUAGGCAUGACAGCUGUAGGCAUGUCAUCCCUGGCUCCCUACAUGCACCACCUAGUGGGACUGAGAGAGAUAGAUAUCAGUUAUAAUGACAAUGGUGACACUGGGCUAGAAUCUCUAACAGAAGUCAUUCGCAAGUUCAGAAACAUGCAGGUAUUGAUUCUGAGGCAGACAGGUAUCAGCCCCACAGGCAUGCGCACACUGGUCCCUGCACUGGGUAGGUUAACCAGACUGAUCAAACUGGACAUUAGUGAAAAUGGCAUAGGAGACUUUGGGCUGGAAUGGUUGGCACCUUGCCUCCACUGCUUCAAAGCCAUGAAGGUGUUGCUUCUCAGUUCGACACAUAUCAGUGACAGGGGAAUAUUGGCCCUGAUUAGAAUUCCGCCCUUCCUGCUGAGGGAAUUAGAGGUCUUGGACGUGAGCUACAAUACCAUAGGGGACUAUGGAAUUGUCACACUGGUGGAAGCACUCUGCCACUGUAACAGCAGUCUUAACAUGUCAUUACUGGAGCUGUACAUUGGAUUCAACAGAGUAACUGGAGAUGGACUGUUGAGGAUUGCACAGCUCAUCAGCCUACUGCUGGCACUGACCAGGCUGAACAUGUCUGCUUACGAGCACUCUCUAGUUCAUCUAUAUGACAUGGCUGCCAUGACUUUGGCAGAGUCUCUAUCCAGGCUGCCUGCCUUGGAGCAGCUGGACCUACAGAACAUCUCCAUGGACCCUGCAGGGUUUCAUGCUGUUAUACAGGCUACUGAAGAACAUCCAACAUUGGAGACAUUUCACUACAGUCGGCAUCUUGAUCCCGAGGAAGCAAACAUCACAGCCACCAGUCUAAAAAUGGGCAAUGAAAAGUAUCUUUCUUUCAUUGAGACCAAAGUUGGUCAUAUGUGGAGAGAACUGGCCUACUACCUUGACCUUGAUGACCCUGACAUCAGGACCAUUACCAACAGAAACCGUGAUGACAAGUCUCGCUGCAGGGACCUGCUGAUGGAGUGGCAAAAGAGGCAUGGAAGUGCUGCCACUGUGGAUGUGCUGAUGAGGGCUCUAAUUGAUGCAGGCCUACACAACGUUGUGGAUGGUCUCAAGGAGAAAUACCCUGAGCUAUCUCCAAAGCAAGAGCCACAGUCACAAGGAUAUGCUCAAGCAUCUGGAACCAACCCUGUGGUGCUGUUCCUAAAUGAUGAGUACGGGUCUUCAAAGGUUGGUGUCUCCAUUAUCAACCGCCAGGAAGCCUGCUUACUAGCUUCAAAAGGAGUCAAGGUCUACAGUACAGUCUUGGAUGCCACACAAGAGGACAGGGCUCAGGCAGAGGCUGAUGGGGUUGAGCUGAUCUUUCCAACUAUGUCUAAGGAAGACAGAAGAAUGCCCACCAUUGAUUGGCUGACAUGGGAUCAUCAGAUUCGUUAUCCCAACCUCCCCUCAGAUGUAGACUUCAUCGUUGGCCAUGUCAACAUCACAAGCCAUGCAGCAAGACAGAUCAAGGCACAACGUUUUCCUGAUGUCAAACUUGUCCAAGUCAUUCACAAGGUCCCAGAAGUUGCAGGGUACAAGAGUGAUGAGAGGGUGCUGAGCAUUGAGGAUGAGACUGCUGGCAUUCUGGAUGACCUAGAACAUGCUGAUGUGAUGUUCUCAGUGGGCCCAUACAUGUAUGACUACUACGCGAAUCUGACAAGAGUGAUGAAACCACAUCAUCAGUUUCUCCCAAAGCCAUCUGACAUCUUCAGUAAUAUGGAAGUGAAAUAUGUCCACACGGAAACAAAAGUGGUGCUGUCCGUUGGCAGGGUCAAGGGCAUGAACAGGCUGAAGGACUGUGAUUCUGUUGCAGAGGCCAUGGGCAUUGUGACAACUGCGCUCCCCCACACAAGGUGGCGAGCAUGUGGUGUCAGUGCUGAGGAUUUCAAAGAAAGCAAGCAUAUUAUUCAGACCAACCUACAGAAAGGUACAUUCCAUUUUACCCCUCUAAGGUACACACAGGAACAGCUGAGCAGAGAAAUGCAGCGGGCCCAUGUCGUUCUGAUGCCGUCUCGUGCAGAGCCCUUUGGACUUGUUGGUCUUGAAGCUAUUGCUGCAGGGGUGCCUGUCCUGGUUUCCGACAAGUCUGGCCUUGCUUGGUUCUUACAGAGCCUAGGCCCUGAGUUUGACCGCCCUGUUGUAGAGAUGGGACAUGACAAUGAGGAAGCAGCCAAAAUGCUGGCCAAGCGUAUCAUCCAGGUUCUGACGAAUGGACCCAGGGAGUUUCAAGCUGCAAGGCAGUUGAAGGAGAAACUUCUGGCCUCAAAGUACUGGGAAGAAUCGCACAGCAAGUUUCUUGAAACAUUUGGCCUUUAAGUCUGCUGAAUGUUAGAGUGGCAAUAUUCCUUCUCUGGCGGCAAUUAAAUUGCUUAAUCAUCUCGAGCAAGCAAACUUACAUGUACCUGACAAAA